AUGGCACCGCCCGAUGCCAACGCCUUCCACGCCUUUCCGCGUCUACCUCUCGAGCUGCGGUGCAAAGGCUGGCAACUUGCCGCUUUCCCACGGAUUCUCACAAUCACCCACCGACCGUGGCAGCGAAGACAGCGGGACCCGAAGGACGACUACUUCUUCUACUACGACUCGGUGCCAGCCGUGCUACAUACCUGUCACGAAUCGCGCAAAUGGGCGCCCUACGUCCGCGCCUUCCGUAACGUCGUGGUCCUCCGCAACGAUGGCUCCGGUGGUAAAGGCGCACGUUACAUAUGGGUCAACUUCGAGCUCGAUACGUACCGCUAUGCGACAUAUGAUCCUUCACUUUAG